UGUGACUGGAAAAUGCGCUAACGUCUUGCUGGCGCCAGCACUAUCGUUUUAAGCCACGACAGUCAAUGGAAGCAUGUGUGAUUAUUUAUAUUAUUAACUAACUGGAUCGGCGUAAUAAUAUACAACCCUUUAUAUACAGUUAAACAAUGCUGCCUUUACAUAAGGAUGACAAACAAUAUCGUCCAGCCUGGAGACCAAAGGAAGUUGUAUUAGGGUGGAUUCGGUUGAUAUUUUCUGACAAAACCUCAAGACGACUUUUCGGUUUCCUCAUAUUAAAUCUGUCUUUUGCAUUUGUUGAAUUAUUAUAUGGAGUAUGGACAAACAGUUUAGGGUUAAUAUCUGACUCAUUUCAUAUGUUUUUUGACUGUACAGCAUUAUUAGCAGGAUUAGCAGCAUCUGUUAUAUCCAGAUGGCGUUCAAAUGAUGCCUUUUCUUAUGGUUAUGUAAGAGCAGAAGUAUUAGCUGGUUUUGUUAAUGGUCUUUUUCUCUUAUUUAUUGCUUUUUUUAUUUUCUCUGAGGCAGUGGAGAGAGCUGUUGAACCACCAGAAGUAAAACAUGAACGUCUAUUUAUAGUGUCUGUAUUAGGAUUUCUAGUUAAUUUAGUUGGUAUAUUUGCAUUUCAACAUGGUCAUUCACAUGGUGGAGGAGGAGGAGGAGAUCACGGACACUCUCAUUCAAUUGGUGGUCAUAGUCACGGUUUAGGUUUAGAAGGAAGUGAUUAUGGUGGAAGUCACAGUGGUCAUGGACAUAAUUGUGGUGGUGAUGGCCAUAGUCAUGGAGAUGGUCAUAGCCAUGGUAGUGAUGACCAUGGUCAUGGGAGAAGUGAUAAUGGACACAGUCAUGGAGAAAGAAAGCCCAAUGCUGCUCAGGCUCAGAUCAUGCAAGGUGUAUUUUUACAUAUAUUAGCAGACACUUUAGGUAGUGUUGGAGUUAUUGUUUCAUCUUGUUUAAUACAUUAUUUUGGCUGGAUGAUUGCAGAUCCAAUAUGCUCUAUGUUUAUUGCUGUUUUGAUAGGUAUAAGUGUUCUUCCACUGUUAAGAGAUUCUAUAGGAGUUUUAAUGCAGCGUACACCUCGAGUACUUGAUAAUAUAUUACCUGGAUGUUAUACACGUGUGAGUCAAUUAGAAGGUGUAUAUAGUGUACAAGAACCACAUUUCUGGACUUUAUGUACAGAUGUUAUUGUAGGUACUAUUAAACUAGAAGUAUCAAAUAAGGCAGAUGCCAAAUAUAUACUUAGUCAAACACACAAUAUAUUCACACAGGUUGGUGUUCGUCAGCUUUACGUACAGAUCGACUAUGCUCCAAUGUAAUAAGAUGUUCAUUUUAGAUGCCCACAUUUAAAUGUGGGCAUAUUAUGUCGUCACCAUAAUGUCUGUUGGUCCGCAUGUAAAAACAAUUGGUUCGUUAAUGCGAUAGGGUGCAACAGUUUUUAACACAAAAAUUUAAAAUUUGAAUUCAUGAGUAGAUAAUCCCUAAUGUUUUUUGGUGCUUCAUGCCCUCUUGUUCUAGAGUUAUCCCCCCUUUUCCGAAAACCUUGUUAACACGAUAGAGGCUACAAUUACAUUUUUUUUUUUUAAAUUUGGGUAAGAAGCCUAUCGGUUUUGCAGUUCCAUUCCGUAGUAGGGGGGUUGGAUGGCUGAAUGGUUAGCGUGCACGCGCUGUAUCAUAAAGUCUGUCAUUGAGUCGACUGGCAUGGUUUCGAAUCCCCGGUUGUACGUGGCAAAGAGUAGGGUCGCUUGUCCAACCUCGUGGGUUUUCUCCGGGUCCUCCGGUUUCCUCCCACUGCUAAAGACCCCUACGCGCAAGCGAAUUAUGUAAAUAAAAUUAAACCAUAUGUUAGUCCAGAUAUGACCUAGUUUGUGUCGAGUGGACGUUAAACCCCAUUUCUCUCUCUCCAUUCCGUAGUUAUUCCCCCUCUUCCGAAAAUCUUGUUAACGCGAUAGAGACAACACUUUUUAUACGCCCACAUUUUCUUGUGGACGUUUUAUGCCGUCGCCCCUGUUCGUCUGUCCGUCCACAAUUUGUUUGUGGACUCUCUACAGGUCAAAAUUUUUUUAUGAUUUUGACGAAACUUAAAAUAUAGGUUCCUUUCGAUAUUGGCAUAUAAUCGACCAUAACUUCAUGGAUUAUGGCCCUCGAUUGUAUGAAAAAUCAUGUUUUUAGUUUGUGGACACGCUAGAGGUCAUAAUUUUCACACGAUUUUGAUGAAAUUUGAAAUGUGAGUUUAUAACCCAUAGAUCUUGGUUCCUUUCGAUAUUCGCGCAUAUUGGAUUUUAACUUCCUGAAUUAUGGUCCCUGAUUAUACGAAAAAACACGUUUUUAGCUUGUGGCCCCUUUAGAGGUCACAAAUAUUGUCUGAAUUAAAAAAAUAACGUUUAAAUAUAUCACCAUUACACCAUAAUGUUGGUUGAGUUCGAAUUUCGUGAAAAUUGGGACAAAAUGGCUGUCCCUCGUAUGCAAAUAGUGUAAACAUCUGGUAUAUCAAAGUUGUGGACCCUCUAGAGGUCACAGUUUUGAUCCGAUUUUGAUGAAACUUGAGGUACAUGUUUAUAACCCAAAGAUCUUGCGCAUAUCGGAUCUUAACUUUCUGAAUUAUGGCCCUUGAUUCUACAAAAAAUCAUGUUUUUAGCUUGUGGUCCCUUUCGAGGUCACAAUUUUUAUCCGAUUUAAAAAAAAAAGAAGUGUGAAUAUAUCACUGUUACACACUAAGAUCUUGGUUCCUUUUGAUAAUCGCACAUAACUUCCUGGAUUAUGGCCCCUGAUUGUUCGAAAAAUCACAUUUUUAGCAUGGGGAUUCUCCAGAGGUCACAAUUUUUUUUUUCAGAUUUUAAAAACGUUUUUAAAUAUAUCACCAUUCCACCAUAAUGUAGGUUCAAUUCGAAUUUCGGGAAAAUUGAAAUUAAACUACCCAACAAAAUGACCGCUCUUUGUACGCAAAUUGUGUAAAAGUAUGUAAUUCAAUGGUUGUGGACCCUCUAGAGGUCACAAUUUUUAUCCAAUUUUGAUGAAACUUGAAACAUAUCUAUAUAUCCCAAAGAUUUCAGUCCAUUUUGAUAUUUGCGCAUUUCAGACCAUAACUUUAUGGAUUAUUGCCCUUGCUUGUACAAAAAAUCGUGUUUGUUUACGGGUAGUUCUCUAUCCAUCUCUUGCAAAAUGUGGGUGUAUCCUGCCUGGCAGCCACUGGUUAAAUGCUUUUCAUACGCCCACAUGGAAAUGUGGACGUAUAUUGCCGUUGCCCCUGUCCGUCGUCCACAAUUUCUUGUGAAUGCUCUAACUCCAAAAGUUAUUAUCCGAUUGUUUUAAAAUUGAUAUAUGUGGUUUACAUUAGUGAGAUGAAGAAUCCUAUUUAAUUUCAAUAAUAUCUGUUAUGGCCCUUGUUUCACUUUGUUGAACCUUGUGAAUGUAUUAUGUCAAAAGUUAUCACCCGAUCUUUGCAAAAUUUAUAUGUAUAAUUUAAAUUAGUGAAAUGAAGAAGCCUAUUGAAUUUCAACAAUUUCUGUCAAUUACUUCUAGAGUUAUGGCCCUUGUUUCCCUUUGUUGCACCUUGGGAACGUUCUAACAUCAAAAGUUAUCUGUAUGAAAUUUACAUGCAUCAUGUAAAUUAGUAAAGAAAAGAAUCCUAUUGAAUUUCAGCAAUUUCCGUUUAUUACUUCUAGAGUUAUCGCCCUUGUUUCACUUUGUUACACCUUGGGAACGCUCUAACAUCCAAAGUUAUCUGUAUGAAAUUUACAUGCAUCAUUUAAAUCUUACUGAAUUUCAGCAUUUUCUGUUUAUUACGUCUACAAUUAUGGUUCGUUUAACUCUAUUUAAACUUGUGAACGCUCUAACGCCGAAAGUUAUCAUCCGAUCUUUGUGAAAUUUAUAUGCAUUAUUUAAAUUAGUAAAACUACGAAGCCUAUUGAAUUUCAGCAAUUUACAUUAAUUACUUCUAGAGUUACGGCCCUUGUUUCACUUUGUUCAACCUUGUUAAUGCUGGACUGAUUUAUCAUCCGAUCUGUAUGAAAUUGAUAUGCAUUAUUAGUAAAACGAAAAAGCCUGUCAGAUUUCAACAAUUUCUGUAGACUACUUCCAGAGUUAGGCUGUGACAAGGAGUAGGGUGGCCUGUCCAACCUCGUGGGUCUUCUCCGGCUCCUCCGGUUUCCUCCCACUGCUAAAGACUCCUAUGCGCAAGCGAAUUAUUGAAAUAAAAUUGUGUUAGUCCCGAAAUGACCUAGUUUGUGUCGAGUGGAUGUUAAACCCUCUCUCUCUCUCUCUCUCUCUCUCUCUCUCUCUCUCUCCAGAGUUGGUCCCUUAUUUCAGUUUGUAGAACCUUGUGAACCCGGAAACGACAAAAAUUAUCUGAUCUGUAUGGAACUGGCUUGUAAAGACUCCCCAAUUACCUACAAAGGACUAAAUAUGCGACAACCCUUGUCGACCGCUCGGACGAUUUAGCUGCUGUGGGCAUAUGUUUCGUUGCCUGGCAACCUAUAUUAUUCAAUUGUAUUGUGAAGCAUUGGGGUCAUGAGAAACAGACCCUUAUCGAUUUUUAGUGACAAAGUUACCCCCUUUUUUACGGAAAGAGGCCACAGUUCUAACAAUUUUUUUUCAUAUUGGAAUAGAGGAAUUAAGAACCCCGUCGAUAUUCAGCAUUCUGCUACCUUCCGUUCCAGAGCUACCCCUCUUCCCCAAUACCUCGUUAACAGUUUUUAAAGUAUUUCAUUCAAAUUUAAAGUGAAGCAUUUUGAUCCUGAGAGGAUGUACUCCAUUGAUAUUCAGCGCACCGCGACCCUCAAUUCCAUAGUUAACUUCCUCCCCUUCUCAGAAAACCUUGUUAACAUGAUAAUGGCUUCAGUCUUUAACAGGUUUGUUUCAAAUUUGGUUUAAAGUGUUGGGGUCAUGAAAGGAUGAAUCCUAUUGAUGUUCAGUUUUCUGUGACAUUUUGUUCUGGACUCCCCCCCCCCCCCCCUCUUCCUGAAAAUCUUGGUAGCAUGUAAGACACUGCAGUUUUUAACAGAUUUAUCGCAGUUCAAGCUUUAUAAUCGGAAAGGAUAAACCCUGUGAUUUUCAGCAAUCAAAGAUUUUCUGUUACAGAUAUAUAUUAUUUGUCUGGAAAAGCUUGUGAACACGAUAGAGAUUAAAUUUGGUCAACAUCCAAAUUUUGCAUUCAGAUGAACUGCUAUUGAGACAUAUAACUGCUAUGUGGGCAUUUUUCCAAGCUUUAUUUGCCAAUCUUUUUCUGUGUAUAUAGUCAUUAUAGUAUUAGUGUGUUUAAAAACAUGAUCUUA